GUGGUGAAGUAGAAACCUUUUCCUUCCGUGUUGGAUGAGAAUUUUCUUCCUGUCAAAACAUAUAUAAAAUAGUUUAAAUAUCCUUCAUUCUGUCCAAAAUGGAUAGAAGAGGAAGUCAAGAUUAUGUUGAUACACCAUCAGCACGGUCGAAAACACAGAGCUCCGAUUCUAUUUCCACAUCUGAGCGUUCUGUCUCCAUGCCUAACGAGUCCCCAAGUAGCAGUUCUAAGGAAAGUGCGGGGUCACCGUCCAAAUCAUUAUGUUCCUCGACAUCCACGUCUUCGGAGAAUGUCCCAACAGCACAGGAGAUGAAGGUUUUCAAAGAUACCACCAAGUUUGGUCAAAGUGAUGAACCUCCAUUGCUGGAAGGAGAAAAAAUCCAUGGGCGAGGCUAUGAUGUGACCUAUCUAUGUCCCUACAGUGGGCCAGGGAGAGGCACACUGACUGUCACCAACUACAAACUCUACUUCAAGAGUUCAGAAAGAGAGCCUCCCCUUAUCCUUGACGUGCCGCUGUGUGUCAUCAGUCGUGUGGAGAAGAUAGGGGGCGUCUCCAGCAGGGGAGAGAACUCUUAUGGCAUUGAUAUUCUAUGCAAGGAUGUAAGAAAUCUCCGUUUUGCCCACAAACAAGAAAACCACUCUAGACGUCAGGUGUUUGAGAAAAUUCAACAGUAUGCAUUCCCCGUGACUAACAAACUGCCAUUCUUUGCCUUUGACUUCAAAGAGGACUAUGGUAUUGAUGGAUGGAGAGUCUAUGAUGCUGUGAUGGAGCUGAAACGACAGGGUUUGCCGACAGAGAGUUGGAAGAUUGUUCGACUGAAUGAAACAUUUGAGCUCUGUGACUCUUACCCUGCCAUUAUUGCCAUGCCUACAGCAGCUAAUGAUGAAGACAUUCGUGCUGUAGCUAAUUUCCGUACCCGAGGGAGAAUGCCAAUUCUGUCCUGGAUCCACCCCGAGAGCCAGGCCACCAUCACACGCUCCAGUCAGCCCAUGGUGGGCGUGGCUGGCAAGAGGAACAAGGAGGAUGAGAGGUACAUCCAGAUGAUCAUGGACGCCAACGCCCAGUCACACAAACUCUUCAUCAUGGAUGCUCGACCCAGUGUCAAUGCUGUAGCUAACAAGGCCAAGGGAGGAGGCUACGAGAAUGAAGACGCUUAUCAGAAUGCAGAGCUGAGUUUCCUGGACAUCCACAACAUCCAUGUGAUGAGAGAAAGUUUACGUAAGUUGAAGGAGGUGUGUUUCCCCACCAUAGAUGAGGCUCAUUGGUUGUCUAAUAUAGAGUCAACACACUGGCUAGAGCAUAUCAAGCAAAUUCUGGCCGGUGCUGUCAGGAUCGCCGAUAAAGUUGAGAGCAAUAAAACCUCGGUGCUGGUGCACUGUAGUGAUGGCUGGGACAGAACUGCGCAGCUGACGGGGCUGUCGAUGCUGAUGCUGGACCCAUACUACCGCACAGUGCUGGGCUUCGAAGUGCUCAUUGAGAAGGAGUGGAUCAGUGCAGGACACAAGUUUGCCCAGCGAGUUGGUCAUGGGGAAGACAAGCACUCGGACGCUGACAGGUCACCUGUGUUCCUGCAGUUCAUCGACUGUGUCUGGCAGAUGACACAACAGUUCCCCAACGCGUUUGAGUUCAAUGAACACUUCCUGAUCACGAUCAUGGACCACCUGUACAGCUGUCUGUUUGGAACCUUCCUCUACAACUGCGAGCAACAGCGUCACAAGGAGGGGGUGAAGGAGAACACGCUGUCACUGUGGUCCUUCAUCAACUGCCAGCUGGAAGAGUUCACCAACCCGUUGUACGCCGCCUACCUCCACCAACAUGUGCUGUUCCCUGUCGCCAGUCUUCGCCGCAUACAGCUGUGGACGGGGUACUACUGCCGCUGGAACCCUCGCAUGAGGCCACAGGAACCACUUCACCUCCGUAACCGAGAGCUGCUGGUUCUGAAGACCCAGCUACAAAAGAAGAUAGAGGAACUACAGAAAGAACUAGAGAACAAAAAUGCCCGAGCAACUCUCCAGCCAUCCCCAGCCCGAGUGUCCUCCCCUGUGACAGUCUAGGGCCCUGUAGAGACCCUGCCUUGGUGGAAGGAGUCAUUAGGACAGAUGUCGCUAUGCCCAGGAGACAUGGAGAAGAGAGAUUGAUGUCCCUGGAAGUUUAGCUGGUUGUGCAGGAUAGACGAGUGUUACCUCUUUGUCACAUCUUAGGGAGACACUGGUCAUGAGUUUGUGAGGAACAAAGAGAUGUCCUUUUGUUACACUUCUAAGAAGCCAUGAGGAUGAAUUUGAUCCAGAUGAAAGCAGAAAUUGUAUUGUCACUGUCUUCACGAGGCACUUUGAUGCAGGGAGGUUGAUUGUCCCUCUGGCUAAUGUAGACUUCUCAUGAACUAUACAAGUAAAGAUCAUGCCAGUAUCUCUGGAACAAGAUCAGAUGGUCCAUGAACAGCCACAGGGUGGAGACCAUUGAAAGGGUUUUUCAAGAGUUAGGUCUGUCGAAUACAAAUUAUAAUAUGAUGUGUGCAAUGGAUGGUCUCUAUGAAUGUGGCAUCACAACAGAGUUGAAUGAUACAAGCCCUGAAACCUUGUCGUCAUAUCGGCCAUGUGUUCUAACAAUAUUCAUAUUUAACAUAAAUCACUGUUUUCAUGAUUUAUUGUCUCAACAAGUGUUGGAUGAUCACUAUGUUCAUGGAGACAAACAUGGAUCAAACUGUAAAUAUAAAAUGUGUCAUUUAGAGCCUGGUAACAAUGGUUAGUUUUUUCCUAGUGGUUAAAAUGUCUGUUACCUACUGUGCAGAGUUGCGUCCCUUAUCAAGGAUCUGAUACAUGGGAUUGGAACCAUUAUGAUCCUUGAUCUGUCAGAACCUGCACACAUCUACAACCUGCAUCAGUCUAUGGCCCCACUGUAAGCUGACAGGCCAUGAUAUGACUGAAAUACUGUUGAAUGGUCAGUCAGUCCAACACACUCGCUUCCAAUGUGAGACUGCCUCUGUGGUCUAGUGGAUAGAGCAUCUGCCCAGAGAGUGGAUGUUGGUGGUUCAAUCCCCAGACAUGUCAUACCAAGAUAUAAAGAUGGUACUUGUUGUUACCCUGCCUGGUGCUCGGCAUUAAGGGGCUAAAACAAGGAUUGGUUGGCUCAGUGUCAGUAUAAUGUGUCAGAGUGGGGUAUUCAUGUUAAAACGGGGACACGGGUGGCC